AUGGAACUGGGAAGGAGGAAUACCAAGAAAUACACUUUCAAAUGUCCUGACUUAACAGAGUUGAAGAAACUUGGUUCUAUGAUAGUUAGUCCAGAGGAUUUCAGAGCUCAGUAUGGAAGACUUAUGGGUAUCUUGAAGACCAUGGUUGAAGAUGGAGUUCUCGACACACUGGUACAGUUUUAUGAUCCACUCUACCAUUGCUUCACAUUUCCAGACUACCAGUUUAUGUCUACUCUAGAAGAAUACUCUUAUUGGUUUGGUUUGCCAGUCUCUGACAAAUUACCAUUUAGUGAUUCAGAGAAGACCCCUACAUCAGCAGCUAUUGCAGAAGCACUUCACCUAGAAACAUCUGUUGUGAAGGAAAACUUCACUAAAAAAGGAGGGAUUCUAGGUCUAACCUCUAGAUUCCUGUUGGAGAAAGCCUUUAUCUUUGCAGAAGCAGAUAGUAAAGAUGCCUUUGAAUCCAUUUUUGCUCUACUCAUUUAUGGAAUUGUAAUCUUCCCAAACAUUGAAGAUUUCGUGGAUGUUAAUGCUAUACGAAUCUUCUUAAUUGGUAACCCGGUACCCACAUUACUUGGAGAUACCUACCAUUCUAUCCAUCACAUGACUAAGAAAGAUGGUGGAACCAUUCUUUGUUGUGCACCUCUCCUAUAUAAGUGUUGUGGUGAAUUUCCUAACGUACCUCUCAUUGGUGUACAUGGGGGAAUUAACUAUAACCUCAUCCUUGCCAGACGCCAGUUAGGAUAUCCUAUGGCAGAUAAACCCGACAACCUUCUGUUAUCAGGUUUCUUUUACCUCAACGACGAAGAGAGUUCCGGUUUGAAGGAUAGAAUCAUACAUGCUUGGCGCAACAUUCACAGAAAAGGAAAAGACCGAUUAGGAAUAAAUAAUUGUGUUGCUUUUGAGCCCUACACCCGAUGGGUUUGUGCUAGAGCAAAUGAACUUAAGAUGCCAUAUGCUCUUGAGAAGCCCUCAUUUCCUUAUGCUAUAACAUUAUCAUCCACCAUUCCUAUUGAGAAUAGAGAAGAGUUUCAAGAAAUUUUGGAUAGGUUGAAAUUGGAAAGAGACACUUGGGAAGGAAAGUACCAUGAGGAACAAGAAGGUUUACUUCUCUCUAAAGUCCAGCCUUUUCAUGAAUACUUCAACAUACCUCCCACCUCAGGUGCUUGGAAGGGAAUCGUCGACAAGCUUAUGAUCGAGAAUGCUCAGUUAAAGAGGUAG